AUGUGGCCAGAGCAGACAGAAGUAUCUACAUGCUACCCACCUGAAACACCUGAUGAAGUUUUAACUACAGUUGUCAGUGAAGAAGCUACUUGUCCCAUAGAGAUCCGCAGGUUCGCUUCCCUUCCUAAACUUAUAAAUGUCACUAAGUUAGAAAUUAAGUUCACUAGGCUUUUUAAACGUACCAUUGGGAAUCGUAAAACUAAGAACUCGGGACUCGUAAACUCUGAAAAUGUCGAAGUACAGAACUCAGAAGCAUUACGAAUUCUUAUUGGCUUCACACAGAGUCAGUAUUUCCCAGAGGAGUUGUCAAACCUUAACAAGAAUUACCACAAAAUUCCAACCAGAGUUAAAUUCCUAGGCUUGUUCCUGGAUGAGAGUGGACUUUUGCGAUGCACUGGGAGGCUACAAAAUGCGGACCACCUUCCAUAUAGCAAUAAAUUUCCUCUGCUUUUACCUCCAAAUUCUCCUUUGACUGGACUUAUAGUCAUUCAAGCACAUGAAAAUGUUCUUCAUGCAGGCAUUCAAGACACAAUUUGCAAGGUGAGAGAAGAAUACUGGAUACCAAGACUGAGAAAGUGUGUCAAGAAGAUGAAAACAAAGUGUCACCUAUGUAACCGUCUGGAAGGACCUGCCUUGCACAGGCCUCCUCCGCCACCUCUACCAGCUUGCAGAGUGAAUAGUCUCGGGCCGUUUGAGGUGGCUGGAGUAGAUUUGACUGGACAAAUUCUUAUCUGGAAUCCAGCCACUCAAGAAAAUGACAAGGUUUACAUAGUCGUGUUCACUUGUACCUCAACAUGA